AUGGAUUACCUACCAAUAACUUACCAGAACCGGGACUCGGGGUCCCCGCAUAACCCCAUGCCGAUGAGAGAUUUGCUAAAAUCUUUGCUACACGAGGAAUUAAGUAACAAUCACGUGGUUAAACAAGAGCCGCUUAAGUGGACCCAGUCCUUCCAGCUUCACCAUCAUUUCCAUCCAGGAGAGGUCAAAGUGUUCAUCAAAGAUGGGAAAUUGCGACUGCACGCCAAGCAUGCGCGAGGGGAGGACGAUGAAAAUUGCGAUAUUCGUGAAAGUAAGCGCAGUGUGACACUUCCUGCCGACAUAGACAGAUCUCGGCUACACUGCUACAGCCAUGGGCAUCAACUGGUUGUAGAAGCCCCCUUUCUAGCUAAAAGUCAAAACGAAGGGGAGGAGAUUGCGAUAGAGGAAACUGAUGACGAAACAGCAGACGAUACGUCUUCGUGUUUCAGACAAGACAUGGACCUGUCGACCUUUACACCGGACCAUAUAAGCGUGCAGCGCUGUGGGCCUGACGUCAUAGUCAGGGCUGACCAUUGCCUGGAUGAGGACGGCAUUAAAGUAUCACGCUCAUUCCACCGGGAAUUCAAAAUCCCACCGAACGUUUCCUCAGAGAAAUUACGCUGUCGUCGUAAUAGUAAAGGAAUGUUGAUAUUUUGGGCACCCUUUCAAGCGGAGAUGAAAUAG